GAUUAUUAACAUUUCAAAUUAAAUUAUAACUUCAUUGCAACAUGUCCAUUCAAUUAAACAAAGACCAAAGAGAAUGCAAAUGCUCAACUUGCUCUCAAAGUGAGUUGGGAUAUAGGGUUGUCCACAGACAUACGGCCCGUAUACAUCAAGAAAUUGAUGAAGGUCUUGCAGAUGCAAAUGCAAUUGAACAAAAUGUUUAUGAUGCAAAUGAUGAUAUUAUUUUUGAAGAUAACAAUGCCAUUGAUGCUAUUGAAUUAGAGGACAUGGAUUAUCUAGAAGGAGAAGAAGGUGUAGAUGAAUAUGAAGCUAAUGAUAACUUUGCAUCUAACGAUACAAAGUUAUUCAACAUUAGUGAAAAUGAAGCUUUACCUUACCUCAUUAUGAUUUUCUUGACAUUCUUUCAAGCCAAUAAUUUAACCAUUACAGCUACAGAAAGCUUGUUCAAGUUUAUGAAUGCUAUACUUUUUCUACUUGGAAUUAAUUAUGCAUUCCCCUCUAAACCCCCAACAAUUAAAUCUAAAAUUUCUGCUAAUUAUGCUAGCAAGGAUAUCAAAAAUAUGUUGUUUGUGAGAAGUGCAAUGCAAUUUAUUUAUACGAGGAAGUUAUCGAUAAUUCGAAUACAAUCAAAAAAUACAGAAAUAGAACACUCCCCUUGUAUGUUAAUGGAAUGAGAGCAUGAUGCAAUUAUCCAUUAGUAGUUAAAAAUGCUAGCAACGAUUCGGCCAAACCAAUCAAACGUUAUGCUUACAACUCAGUAAAGGCAACUUUGAUGAAGUUUUUCAUGCGCUCUACUUUUGAGCAAAAAAUUGAAGAAUGGAGAAGUAAAACUGUAAUGCCUGGAAUGAUGUUUGACAUCUUUGAUGGUCAGUUUUUUAAAGAAUUCAAAAAGGAUGAUGAAGACGAACCAUUUCUUCAAAAAGAAGGUUCAUUAAUGUUAAGUUUAAAUGUUGACUGGUUUACUCCAACUCAAGGAAUGAAAUAUCGCGUAGGUGCCAUAUAUUUGAUCAUUAAUAACCUUCCUCGUAACGAGAGGUUUAAAAAACAAAAUAUGAUUCUUGUUGGCUUGAUGCCUGGCCCUCGUGAAGCU